AUGGCAUAUAAUUUUGAUUGGGAAAACAACGAAAAUUUGAAAACAGAUCUUGAUAAGUACGUCCGCGAAAACUUGAAAAAAGGUGAAAUCCUUGACUUCGUUAAACACGACUAUCCUGAUUAUCCAUGGAGUAUGGCAACACUAAGUCGACGACUUGGUCACUUUGGGAUCAAGUAUAUCAAUUAUGAAACUCCAUUACAAGAUGUAACCGAAGCAGUUUUGAAAGAACUGGAAGGUCCUGGAAGAUGUUCUAGGAUACUGAGCCUUAAAUCAAAAGCUGAAAACUCAGCACAACAUCAAAGUUCCACGGCAUUUAGUGUAUAA